UCGGAUUGGGUCACUGGAGUUGAGCUACAGCUGCUGCUUCUCCAACCAGCGACGCGGGGAGAAAAAGCUGCGCGUGGAGGAGCGCGAGGCGCGGGAGAGUCCAGGAUGGCUCCAUGGAUUGUAAGCGAUAGAAGCGUGUAAAUGGCAACACAGGAGGGCACGCCAAUCAGAGCUGGCGCCGCCGCCGUUCCCUACGGUCACGUAAUCGGGAGCGAGAAGUGGAGGGGGAGCGUUCUGGCUCAGUUAUUACAAGGUAAAAUACAACUGAUGUUUGAGGAGCGCCUGGGGCUGGUAGAUUUCCACCUUUCCAAUAGAGUCUGCAUCCUCUACAUAUCCGAGGCGGACCUGGUGUCAGGAAAUGCCUUUAAAAGACGUCUUGUCCGAUUUCGCAAAGUCAGUAACCUGAAAGGUGUUGUCAUCGUGGAGAGAACACGGAUCAGUGAGCAGUACUUUCCUCCAGUGCAGAACUUUGUGGUUCUUGAACUCGGCAUGUCAUUAAUUCCGGUCGCCAGUCAGAGCGAAGCGGCACAGCUUAUCCUUUGUUUGGUUCACGAAUGGAGCAAAGAGGGUGGCAGUAAUCCAUUUACCGGUAAGAAGCAUUCCAGCCUCCUUGAUAGUGCCGUCCUGCAGAGCGUGCAAAGGAUUCCGGGAGUGGGCCGGGUGAAAGCUCAGCAGCUCCUCCAGACCUUUCCCAGCCUCCAGGAGCUCUCCAGUGCCUCACUCGCCGAGUUAGAAGCUGUGGUGGGGAAAGGGAUCGCCGGCAACAUCCACAAAUUCUUUACCAAAACAACGUGACCCAACCGUACAACGUACUUGUGGUAGUUGCCAAUCAGAAAUGGGACAGCAGAAAACAGGAUGAUGGGAGUCUGUCACCUUGGCCAAUGUCUGCCUUCAAAUCUUCAAGAUUACCGAACUUUAUUUUUUUACAGGGAAUGGACAUUGAAAGAACACUAUGUAAUGACUUAGAACACGUUCAUUUACCAAACUAGUGGUCCAUUGAAUGUCUUCAUUAUCUGUGGGUUGGGUUUCUAUACUUUCUCAUCAAUCACAUUUGCACUUUGAAGAAUAAAAGGAAAACUACUGUAUCUGU